GAGCUCGCAGAGUGGAGGGCGGUGGCGGCCGCUUCGUUGAGCGCCGCUCGGCUCUAGGACCCCAGGGUUCGGGCCCUGGCUCCAGUCCUGGCCCCGGAUCCUGUACUUUCCGACCGGCUCAGACCCAGUCCCAGUCCCGCACCCCAGUCACCCAAGGUCCUCGCUCUUCCCAUCCCAGCCCUGUCAGCCCCAUCCUCGGCCCGCGAGCCCCGCUCCUUGCUCCGGCCCCACCAUGGGUUUCUUGCACCAACUGCACCUCCUGCUUUGGAAGAACGUAACGCUGAAGCGGCGCAGCCCGUGGGUUCUGGCCUUCGAGAUUUUCAUCCCCCUCGUCCUCUUCUUCAUCCUCCUUGGGCUGCGGCAAAAGAAACCGACCAUCUCGGUGAAAGAAGCAUAUUACACAGCGUCGCCCCUCACCUCCGCGGGCAUCCUGCCUGUUAUGCAGUCGCUUUGCCCCGAUGGUCAGCGGGAUGAAUUUGGCUUCCUCCAGUAUUCAAACUCCACGGUGACCCAGCUCCUCGAGCAGCUAAACCGGGUGGUGGAGGAGAGUAACCUGUUUGAUCCUGCGAGACCCAGCCUUGAGGAGGAGUUGGAAUCUGUCCGGAGUCAUCUGGAAUCCCUUAGCAGUGGCCCUGGGACCUUGGAAAGCCAUUUUGACAGCCAAACAGUGCCUGACUUCACUCUGGGCUCAGCAGCCAAGGACAGGCAGGAGUUCUACCAUUUCCUUUCCCAGAAUUUGUCCCUGUCCAAUGAUACUACGGAGAUGCUAUUGGGUUCCAAGGUCAACCUGCAUGAGGUUUAUAGACUACUCUUUGGUCCUUUACCCACCCUGACGGAGGGCAUGUUGUCAAAGAAGGGGAAGGAACCCUGGGUCCACUCAGGAGUUGGUGAAAAAAAGUUCCGGCUAGAGGAUGGCAUCCCAGGCAGCUGGCGAGACCUCGAGGAAGGAUUAGUGCCCCACGCCCUGCAGGAACCUACCCACCAUGCCAACAAGCAAGCUGUUUUCCGCCUCUUGUCCCAGGCCCUGGGCCUGGCCGGGCCUCCCCUGGAACACCCCGAGGCCUCCAGCCCCCAAGCCCUGGUCAGAGAGAUGGAGGAGCUGUUGCUGGCACCUAAAUUGCUGGAGCAGUUGACGUGCGCUCGGGGCUCGGAGGAGCUGGGCCAGAUCCUGACGGUGUCCGAGAGCCAGAGGGAGCGGCUGCAGGCUUACCGAGCGGCCGUGUGCAGCGGCCAGGCCGGAGCGCGAGCCCAGCGCUUCUCCCGCCUGGCCUGGCUCCAGGACCAGCUGGACGUGCACAAGAUUGUCAGCCAGCUCCACCUGGAGGCGGUGAACGGCCCAAGCGCGCAGAGGAGGUCCAGGCUUCAGGUGCUGCUCGGGGACCUGCUGGGGGUGGAGAAGGUGCUCCGGGAUGUGGAUGUUCUCUCUUCCCUGGCUCGCCUGCUCCCCCAGGGGGCCUGCGCCAGCCGCGCCCCCCCGCAGGCCGCCAACGGCACCGGCUGGGCCACCAACGCCACCAGCAGCAGCACUGGCAACGCCACGGCCGAGGAUGGGGAAGGCGAGGGCGAGCUGGGAGGGGACGGUCUGCAUGGAAAGUGCUCUGCCUUUGUGCAGCUCUGGGCCGGUUUGCAGCCCAUCCUCUGUGGGAACAACCGGACCAUCGAACCCGAGGCGCUGAAACAAGGCAACAUGAGCUCCCUGGGGUUCACAAGCAAAGAGCAGCGGAACUUGGGGCUUUUGGUGCAUCUCAUGACCAGCAACCCCAAGAUCCUGUACGCGCCUGCAGGGACAGAGGCCGAUAGAGUCAUUCUGAAGGCAAACGAGACCUUUGCUUUUGUGGGCAACGUGACCCAUUAUGCCCAAGUCUGGCUCAACAUCUCAGCUGAGAUCCGGCGCUUCCUGGAGGAGGGCCGCCUUCAGCAGCAUCUCCACUGGCUGCAGCAGUAUAUGACUGACUUACAGCAGCACCCAGAGGCUCUGAACCUGUCCGAGGGAGAGUUACCCCCUGCCUUCAGGGACCACAAUUUCUCCUUGCCCAAUGCCUCAGUUCUUCUUCAGCAGCUGGACACCAUCGAUAAUGCUGCCUGUGGCUGGAUCCAGUUCAUGUCCAAGGUGAGCGUGGAUAUCUUCAAAGGCUUCCCCGACGAGGAGAGCAUUGUCAACUACACCCUUAACCAGGCUUAUCAGGACAACGUCACUGUGUUUGCUAGUGUGAUCUUCCAGACUCGGAAGGAUGGUUCCCUCCCGCCCCACGUGCUCUAUAAGAUCCGACAGAAUUCCAGCUUCACAGAGAAGACCAAUGAGAUCCGCCGGGCCUACUGGAGGCCUGGGCCCAACACUGGGGGACGCUUCUACUUCCUCUAUGGCUUUGUCUGGAUCCAGGACAUGAUGGAACGAGCAAUAAUCAAUACCUUUGUUGGCCAUGAUGUGGUGGAGCCGGGAAAUUACGUGCAGAUGUUCCCGUACCCGUGCUAUACAAGGGAUGACUUCCUGUUUGUGAUUGAGCACAUGAUGCCCCUUUGCAUGGUGAUCUCCUGGGUCUACUCUGUGGCCAUGAUGAUUCAGCACAUAGUGGCUGAGAAGGAGCAUCGUCUCAAGGAGGUGAUGAAGACAAUGGGGCUGAACAAUGCGGUGCACUGGGUGGCCUGGUUCAUCACGGGUUUUGUCCAGCUCUCCAUAUCGGUGACGGCGCUCACGGCCAUCCUCAAAUACGGCAAAGUGCUCAUGCACAGCCACGUGCUCAUCAUUUGGCUUUUCCUGGCCAUCUAUGCUGUGGCCACCAUCAUGUUCUGCUUCCUGGUGUCCGUGCUCUACUCCAAAGCUAAGCUGGCGUCAGCCUGCGGGGGUAUCAUCUACUUCCUGAGCUACGUGCCCUACAUGUACGUGGCCAUCCGAGAGGAGGUGGCCCACGACAAGAUCACGGCCUUCGAGAAAUGCAUUGCAUCUCUCAUGUCUACCACAGCCUUUGGCCUGGGAUCCAAGUACUUUGCCCUUUACGAGGUGGCCGGGGUGGGCAUCCAGUGGCACACCUUCAGCCAGUCUCCGGUGGAGGGCGAUGAUUUCAAUCUGCUUCUGUCCAUGAUGAUGCUGAUAGCGGAUGCUGUGGUGUACGGAGUGCUCACGUGGUACAUUGAGGCUGUGCACCCAGGCAUGUAUGGGCUUCCUCGGCCCUGGUACUUCCCACUUCAGAAGUCUUACUGGUUGGGGAGUGGGCGGGCAGAGGCCUGGGAGUGGAGCUGGCCCUGGGCGAGACCCCCUCGGCUCAGCGUCAUGGAGGAAGACCAGGCGUGCGCUAUGGAGAGCCGGAGGCUGGAGGAAACUCGAGGGAUAGAAGAGGAGCCCAGUCAUCUGCCCCUGGUCGUUUGUGUGGAUAAGCUCACCAAGGUCUAUAAGAAUGACAAGAAGAUGGCUUUGAACAAACUGAGUCUCAACCUGUAUGAGAAUCAGGUGGUCUCUUUCUUGGGCCACAAUGGAGCUGGCAAGACCACCACCAUGUCCAUCUUGACCGGCCUGUUCCCUCCAACAUCUGGCUCAGCCACGAUUUAUGGCCAUGACAUCCGGACAGAGAUGGAUGAAAUCCGCAAGAAUCUGGGCAUGUGUCCGCAGCACAACGUUCUGUUUGACAAGCUCACGGUGGAGGAGCACCUGUGGUUCUAUUCCCAACUCAAGAGCAUGGCCAAGGAGGAGAUCCAGAAGGAGAUGGACAAGAUGAUUGAGGACCUGGAGUUGUCCAAUAAGCGUCACUCACUGGUGCAAACCUUGUCUGGGGGGAUGAAGAGGAAGCUCUCCGUGGCUAUCGCCUUCGUGGGAGGUUCCCGCGCCAUCAUCCUGGAUGAGCCCACGGCUGGCGUUGAUCCCUAUGCCCGCCGGGCCAUCUGGGACCUCAUCCUGAAGUACAAGCCCGGACGGACCAUCCUUCUGUCUACUCACCACAUGGAUGAAGCGGACCUCCUGGGGGACCGCAUUGCCAUUAUCUCCCAUGGCAAGCUCAAGUGCUGUGGGUCCUCACUGUUCCUGAAGAGCACCUACGGAGAUGGCUACCGGCUCACCCUGGUCAAGCGGCAGGCGGAGCCUGGCACUGUGUCUGAGCCUGGCCAGACGCCCAGCUCUCCUGCCUCCUCGGCCCUCAGCCCCUGCUCUGAAACCCGGGUGUCCCAGUUCAUCAAGAAGUACGUGGCCUCCUGUCUGCUUAUCUCGGACACCAACACCGAACUCUCCUACAUCCUGCCCAGCGAGGCCGCUAAGAAAGGAGGCUUCGAGCGGCUUUUCCAGCACCUGGAAUUAAGCUUGGAGGAGCUACAGCUGACCAGUUUUGGGCUCAUGGACACCACCCUGGAAGAAGUUUUCCUCAAGGUUUCUGAGGAGGACCAGUCCCUGGAAAACAGUGAGGCUGACAUAAAGGAGUCAAAGAAGGAUGCUCUCCCUAAGGCCGAGGUGCAGAAGGACCGAGAGGUGGCCGGCUCGCCCCGAGCGGAGCACAGCAACCUGGUGGGCUGCUCUCAGCUGGCCCAGUCCCAGGCCUCCCUGCGCUCCUCUUCCUCGGCAGGCUCAGUCAGGGGGGAUGAGGAAGGCGCCUAUGUUGAAGUCUAUGGUGACUACUCACCCCUCUUCGACAACCUUCAGGACCCUGAUAAUGUCAGCCUACAAGAGGUGGAGGCUGAGACCUUGUCGAUGGUGGGCCAGGGCAGCUCCAAGCUCGAAGGCUGGUGGCUGAAGCUGCGCCAGUUUCAUGGGCUCUUGGUCAAACGAUUCCACUGCGCUCGGCGCAACACCAAGGCCCUCUUCUCCCAGAUCCUGCUGCCUGCCUUUUUUGUCUGUGUGGCCAUGACUGUGGCCCUCUCCGUCCCCGAGAUCGGUGACCUGCCCCCCCUGAUCCUCUCACCCUCCCAGUACCACAACUACACUCAGCCCCGGGGCAAUUUCAUCCCCUAUGCAAAUGAAGAGCGACAUGAAUAUCGCCUCAGACUGUCCCCCGAUGCCAGUCCCCAGCAGCUGGUUAACACGUUUCGCCUGCCUUCUGGCGUGGGGGCCACAUGUGUGCUUAAGACCCCUGCCAAUGGGACCCUGGUAUUGACUCUGAACCUGAGCAGCAGUGAGUCCCGAGUGCUGGCUGCGCGAUACUUCGACGCCAUGUGCAUCGACUCCUUCACCCAAGGGCUGCCUUUGUCCAACUUCGUUCCCCCACCACCCUCUCCUGCGCCCUCCGACUUCCCUUUGUCUCCUGAUGAAGAACUCCUGAGGGCCUGGAACACCACCCUGCUGCCCGCCACCAUGAGAGAGACAGUGACCACAGUUCCAGCACUGCCGCGUGUGGUCCACGAGCCCAUCAAGUGCACGUGCUCCAUGCAGGGGACUGGAUUCUCCUGCCCCAGCGGUGUAGGUGGCCGCCCACCCCAGAUGAAGGUGGUGACGGGGGACAUCCUGACUGAUAUCACGGGCCGGAACGUGUCGGAGUAUCUCCUGUACACUUCAGAUCGCUUCAGACUGCACAGAUAUGGAGCCAUCACCUUUGGCAACAUUCAGAAGUCAAUCCCUGCCUCCUUUGGGGCCAAGGCACCCCCAAUGGUGCGCAAGAUUGCAGUGCGGAGAACUGCUCAGGUCUUCUAUAACAACAAAGGCUACCACAGCAUGCCCACCUACCUAAACACCCUCAACAAUGCCAUCCUUCGGGCUAACCUCCCCAAGAGCAAAGGAAACCCCGCAGCCUACGGAAUCACCGUCACCAACCACCCCAUGAAUAAGACCAGCGCCAGCCUCUCCUUGGAUUACCUCCUGCAGGGCACGGACGUGGUCAUCGCCAUCUUCAUCAUCGUGGCCAUGUCCUUCGUGCCGGCCAGCUUUGUGGUCUUUCUGGUGGCCGAGAAGGCCACGAAGGCCAAGCACCUUCAGUUUGUCAGCGGCUGCAACCCCGUCAUCUACUGGCUGGCCAACUACGUGUGGGACAUGCUGAACUACCUGGUGCCGGCCACUUGCUGCAUCAUCAUCCUCUUUGUGUUCGACCUUCCUGCCUACACGUCCCCCACCAACUUCCCCGCUGUGCUCUCCCUCUUCCUGCUCUACGGCUGGUCAAUCACCCCCAUCAUGUACCCCGCCUCCUUCUGGUUCGAAGUGCCCAGCUCGGCCUACGUCUUCCUCAUUGUCAUCAACCUCUUCAUCGGCAUCACCGCCACCGUGGCCACGUUCCUGCUGCAACUCUUCGAACAUGACAAGGAUCUGAAACUAGUAAACAGUUACCUGAAGAGCUGCUUCCUCAUCUUCCCCAACUACAACCUGGGCCACGGGCUCAUGGAGAUGGCGUACAACGAGUACAUCAAUGAGUAUUACGCUAAGAUAGGCCAGUUCGACAAAAUGAAAUCCCCCUUCGAAUGGGACAUCGUGACAAGAGGCCUGGUUGCCAUGACAAUAGAAGGCUUCGUAGGUUUCUUUAUCACCAUCAUGUGUCAGUACAACUUCCUUCGGCAGCCCCAGCGUCUGCCUGUAUCCACCAAGCCUAUUGAAGAUGAUGUGGAUGUAGCCAUUGAACGGCAGCGGGUCCUGAGGGGGGAUGCAGACAAUGACAUGGUCAAGAUCGAGAACCUGACCAAGGUGUACAAGUCACGGAAGAUUGGGCGCAUCUUAGCUGUAGACCGGCUCUGCGUGGGCGUGCGACCGGGAGAAUGCUUUGGCCUCCUUGGUGUCAACGGGGCUGGAAAGACUAGUACCUUUAAGAUGCUGACGGGAGAUGAGAGUACCACGGGAGGCGAGGCAUUCAUCAACGGACACAGCGUCCUGAAAGAACUCCUCCAAGUACAGCAGAGUCUGGGCUACUGUCCACAGUUUGAUGCCCUGUUUGAUGAGCUUACGGCCCAAGAGCACUUGGAACUCUACACAAGACUCCGAGGGGUCCCCUGGAAGGACGAGGAAAGGGUGGUCAAGUGGGCAUUGGAGAAACUGGAGCUGAGCAAGUACGCAGAUAAGCCGGCCGGCACCUACAGCGGGGGGAAUAAGAGAAAGCUGUCCACAGCCAUCGCCCUCAUCGGCUACCCAGCCUUCAUUUUCUUGGAUGAGCCCACCACAGGCAUGGACCCCAAGGCCCGACGUUUCCUAUGGAACCUCAUCCUGGACAUUAUCAAGACGGGGCGUUCAGUGGUGUUGACAUCUCACAGCAUGGAGGAAUGUGAAGCACUUUGUACACGCUUGGCCAUCAUGGUGAAUGGACGGCUCAGGUGUCUGGGCAGCAUUCAGCACCUAAAGAACAGGUUUGGUGAUGGCUACAUGAUUACAGUAAGGACCAAGAGCAGCCAGAGCGUGAAGGAGGUGGUGAGGUUCUUCAACCGAAACUUCCCUGAAGCUGUGCUCAAAGAGCGACAUCAUACCAAAGUGCAGUAUCAGCUGAAAUCAGAACACAUCUCCCUGGCGCAGGUGUUCAGCAAAAUGGAGCAGGUGGUGGAUGUGCUGGGCAUCGAGGAUUACUCGGUCAGUCAGACCACGCUGGACAAUGUGUUUGUGAACUUUGCCAAGAAGCAGAGUGAUAACUUGGAGCCCCAAGAGGCAGAGCCGGGCUGUGCCCUCCAGUCCCCCCUGGCUCGGCUGCUCAGUCUGCUCCGACCCCGUCCCGCACCUACGGAGCUCCGUGCUCUGGUCACGGAUGAACCCGAGGACCUUGAUACAGAUGAUGAGGGGCUCAUCAGUUUUGAGGAGGAGAGGGCCCAGCUUUCCUUCAAUACGGACACUCUCUGCUGAAGGAACUUUGGAGGCUCUUGUUCUCCAUUCCUGGAUGACCAACUUUCUUUGUCCCCUUCCUGAAACCUCCUUGGAGCAGCCCUACAUUCCCGGCCUGUGCGGGCUGGGGCAGAGAUCCAAGGCCAGAUGGUGGGGAGGGAGGCCCCGCGCUGCCUGCUGGCCCAACUCACCCAAGAGGGUUGGGAAGAGGGGUUGGUGAGGUCUUGUGCACCUUGAAUUCAGUGCCUCAAACUUGGAGCUAGUUUUCGAGGGAGGGAGGUAGGGUGGGGGCCCCGGUGGGGAUGGGCAGUGCCAAGAGUGGGGCGUAAGAUCCCACCAUAGGAUCCUGUGGGAACCUUGGAGAUGGGGGGAAGGCUUGGAUCUGACAGCAAGGACAGUUCUUCACUCUGGGAGGCCCCAGAUCUAGGGAUGGGGAAUCUCCUAAUGAUAUCAUAGCCCAAGUACCAGUCCGGAGCGAAUAUUACAAAUUGUACCCACUCCACUCUUUCCCUUUCCUGGCCCGGCCGCUGCCCUCCGGGACCAGCUGCCUGGUGAUCCUCAGGCUCUCCAACCAAUGAUUGUGCCAAAGGGACAGUCCUGCUGUGCCCCAGGGUAUGGGCUCUGGCCAGCUACUCUGCUCACUUCCCUGGACUCUGAUACUCCUAUCCCUGAUCUCAGCCUGGCCUGCUCAGCUCUGCUUCUGGCGGUCAGUGCCCCGUCUUGCCUGCGGCCAGCAUCCCCACUAGCACCGAAGGGCCCCCCAAAGCCUGGAUUCUGACGGCCCAGGAAAUACACCUGGGGAGCCAACAUGAAAGUUGUGUGGAAGAGGAGGAGGAGCUGCUCUCUCUGGUCUUAACCCUCCAGAACAUGAUCCUGAUGGACCUGUGUAACCCAACACUUUCCAGCCUGAUCGGGCAUCUGGACAGGGGAGGGGGGACAGGGAUCUUGUGGGGUCCUAGGCAGAUAACUGCUUUCCCCCUCAAUCGGACUCUUCUGCCCCCUGGAUUUUAACACCUCCGCUAAUGCCGCCAUUGCUGCCAUGCUGUCACCACCCAGAGGCUUCAACGCUGGACACCAAAUGGGCCACCUGCCAGCUUGCCCAACACCGUGGCCCAAGCCAUUAACUCUGGCCGGGAUUGAGCUGGGAUAUUGGGCUUGUUUUCUUUUUAACCUAUUUAUUUUGCAAUAGGAAGAAGCACUUAUCAGGGGUGGGGAAUAUAGAGAGUGUACAUAGAUGGUAGAAUGAACUUGACAGGUUGGGUACAACUGCAGGGAAAACAAAAGGAGGGGAGCCCCCCCACCUUGGUUUUCCCUCCUUCCUUCAGCUCCUAUUCCCCAUAUGGCCUCUGUACCCAGGACACCUAAAGCCUGAGGGCGAGGGAAAGAAAGUGGAAGGAUCUGAGGUCUAAAGAGCUUGCCCCUUGCCCCUGAAUGACCUCUUCACCUGUCACUGAAGGGGAAGAGGUUUGGUAUUGCAUGGACAGUGUGGGGGUAUCUUGGGCCCCGGUUCUUACCGAGAACAAGCUGCCACGGCUACUUUCCAGCUGUUUGUUCAUCCCCAUCCCUCCCCAUCCUAUUCCUAGUCCUGCCCGAGGGCAGGUGGGGGACUGGGCUUGUACAUAGUUGGGGAAGCAGACCAGGAAAGAUGUUUUAAAUAAAAAGGGAAAAUAUCAAACCA